AUGUCCACCUACAAACCAAGCCCCCUGGAGUUCACCAGUAUAGGCACUAUUCCUGUGAGAGUACCGGGAAAUUCGUCGAGCUCACGGGUAUAUCACGUCCACAUCAGUCUCCUUUACGGUCAAUCGAAAUUGGUUAAGAGGAUAAUAUGGGAGGGAGUUGGCACCGGGGGCAUCCAGAUUCCGGACUAUGUCGCCGGCUUGGGCUUCGAACACUUCGUGACAUGGCUCCACAAUGGUGAUAUACUAGAGGGCCACUUCAAACGUCACAUCAUCAACCUCUGGGAAUUAGCUUUCGAGCUAGAGUCAAACAGCUUCAAAGCGUAUCUCAAAGAGAAGGGCAAAGAAUGCCUGGGGGAGUCCGACUAUUUAGCCUUUGCUCAGCGCCUCGAGACCAUGCAGCCCGCGGACUCCUCCUUCAGCCUACAGGAUCUUCACGACUACAUGUUCCAAGGCCUUGCAGACAAGAUUCAUACGGACGGAUGGACGAGCUUCAUUGAAAAGACCGAGGGCGGAUGGGAGGAUUUGAUGAACCGCAAGGACGAUGAAGAUGGAACCAAGGGAAAGUUCCUUUCCAGCCUCAUGGCAUGGUUGGACAAGGACGAUCGAAAGAGCACGCCAGGCUAG